GUCACCGAGGUCACUCUGACACUUCUCUCUGCGUCCAUGGUGUUCGCACUUGUUCGAGCUGUUCGUAGCUUCGCUCAGAACCCUAAUCCUCCGCCAUGUCUACGAUCUCCGACCUCUCCUUCUCCUCUCUCCAUCUCCAAUCCCUCUCCCCCUUCUUCUCCUCUUGCCCCAAAUCCCACUUCCCAUUACGAUUCCACAAGCUCCCCAUUGGUUCGUCGAGCUCCAUCUCGAAGGCGACGACGACGCUGCCGCCGAAGAAGAAGAUGAAGAGGCGGAGGAGCUCCGCCCCGAAGGGCGACGGCUCGUCGGAGGUGGAGGAGCUCGUGCGGUUGCUCCUCCGCAGGUCCGGGGUGGGCAAGGAGCCGCUCGUGGCGACGCUCGACAAGUACGUGAGGGUGGUGCGCACCGAGCACUGCUUCCUCCUCUUCGAGGAGCUCGGGAAGCGGGACGGGUGGCUUCAGUGCCUCGAGGUGUUCAGAUGGAUGCAGAGGCAGCGCUGGUACGUUGCUGAUAACGGUAUCUAUUCAAAGCUAAUAUCUGUAAUGGGGAAGAAGGGCCAGACGAGGAUGGCCAUGUGGUUAUUCUCUCAGAUGCGAAACAGUGGGUGUAGACCAGACGCUUCUGUAUACAAUGCUCUCAUCACCGCGCAUCUUCACUCAAGAGACAAAGUUAAGGCCCUGGCGAAAGCCCUCGGCUACUUUGAAAAGAUGAAGGGGAUCGAAAGAUGCCAACCCAACAUUGUCACAUACAACAUUCUCUUAAGAGCAUUUGCUCAGGCCAGCGAUACUAAACGAGUGGAUGCAUUAUUCAAAGAUCUUGAUGAGAGCAUCGUUUCUCCUGACAUCUAUACUUAUAACGGUGUUAUGGAUGCGUAUGGAAAGAAUGGCAUGCUUAAAGAGAUGGAGUCUAUAUUAUUGCUCAUGAAAAGCAAACAAUGCAAGCCGGAUGUCAUAACAUAUAAUAUUCUUAUCGAUGCAUAUGGGCGGCGACAAGCGUUUGAUAAAAUGGAGCAGGUUUUUAAGAGCUUGUUAAGAUCGAAGGAGACUCCGACUCUCCCUACAUUCAAUUCGAUGAUUACUAAUUAUGGGAAGGCUAGGCUUAGGGACAAAGCAGAAUCUGUCUUUGAAAAGAUGAAUGAUUCGGGUUUCAAGCCGAGUUACGUGACUUAUGAGUGUCUUAUCGCAAUGUAUGGUUAUUGUGAUUGUGUUGCGAGAGCUAGAGAGGUGUUUGAUGGGAUGGUAAAUAAUCAAAAGGAGGUACAGGUAUCAUCAUUGAAUGCUAUUCUUGAUGCAUACUGCGUGAAUGAUUUGUUGAUUGAAGCAGAUCAACUUUUGGAGCAUGCAAUUAAGAAAGGAAUGGUGCCAAAUGCAUCGACAUACAAAUUACUAUACAAGGCUUAUAGCAAGGCAAAUAGUAAGGAACUUAUAAGUAGUUUGUUGAAGCGUAUGGACGAGCAGGGUAUUGUUCCGAAUAAAAAGUUCUUCUUGGAUGCCUUAGAAGCCUUUGGUUCUUCAGAGUCGAGAGCCAAUUCUAGCAAUGUGGCAGAUAACUCUAGCAAUUCACAAGUUAGGGCGAAGAUUGCAUUAUCUCGUGAUUAAUUUCUUGUCAUAUCUGUUUAUUCCGCAGGCUGCUAAGCAGGAUUACCAUUCAUCCGACAAUCACUUGUAAAAUCUUGAUUUAGUCGUGCGUUCGCACCAGUCUUUGUAUAUUAUGAGCUCAUGUUUGUUGUAAAAAAUUUCAAGGUAUGUAAGAUUGGUUACUUUAUUCAUUUGAUUAUCAGAUUUCGAUGUGAAAUCUGUUUCCGAUUUA